ACAGGCCGGCUGCAGACCGACGCCCGUGAUUUGUGUGGGAAAAACGUGCUGCUAGGAAACAACGGGAAAGCGCGGGAGACGAGCGAGUUAGUCUGGGGAAAUCUCAGUCUGGAGUUGAGAACGUGCAAAUGAGACGUGAUCAAAUCAGUCACGGUGCAUUAUAAUUAAAUGGCGAUCAGACGCUAUCGUGGCUCCUUCUCAUAGUAGUGCCGUGUCUGUCACGAGCCUGACGUUCUUCUGCUCGCCAGGCAGAAACCCGCCGCCGGAUCUGCUCGGGCCAAGAUGAAGGUGAAAGGCGAGUCUUCCCUGAGGCGUAUUGGAUGACGUGUUUCUGAAGAGCAGGUGGAAACACAACAAAUGUGGUCAUCUCAUCAUCAGAGACAAAGGCCCAGCUCACAGAGUGUAUUGACGUGUCUUGUACCCAUGUCGGCGUCAAUACGCCUGCAAGAUACAGGAACACUACUGACACCCGCCAGAGCGCCUGUGGGAUCACUUUGCCUCAGCGUGGAUUUACUCGAGGACUCCUGCUUCACUUCACAGACUUGCUCUGCAACCGCUGGCUUAGAAGACGCCCCACAAAGCUGCAGCAGCCAUGGCAUCGGACCAGGAGAGCUGCUACCUCUGUAAGGAGUACCUCAGGGACCCGGUCACUAUUCCAUGCGGCCACAUCUUCUGCUCCAUCUGCCUGAAGACGUACUGGGACCAUGCUGACCACGCUGGCUCCUAUGUCUGCCCUCACUGUAGGGUCACUUACAAUAAGCGGCCCACCCCGCGGCGACUGGGAGGCUCCCGGCACUCCAGCCUCCUGCGCACCUCGGAGUCCUUCCCGCCUCCUCCUCCGUCUCCCGACUACAACUACGCAGGGCCCCAGGACGUUGGCUGUGACAUCUGCGUUGGCAAGAAGCACAAGGCCGUCAAGUCCUGCCUGAUGUGCCUAGCCUCCUACUGCGAGAAGCACCUCAAGCCCCACUAUGAAUCAGCCACCUUCAAAAGGCACAAGCUGGUGGAUGAAAUCGGCCACCUGGACCGCCAGAUCUGCCCCCAGCAUCAGAAGGGUCUGGAGCUCUUCUGUCGGACGGAUCAGAUGUGCAUCUGUGUGCUGUGUACGGUGAAAGAGCACAAGGGUCACGACAUGGUGUCUGCUGAGCAGGAGAGGGCAGAGGAACAGCAACGGCUGGGUGCCACCCAGGCCGAGAUCCAGGAGAAAAUCCACGACCGGUUGAAACAGAUGGAGGAGCUGAAGCAAGCUGUAGACUCCCUCAAGAACUCGGCCCAGAGAGCCAUGCAAGAGUGCGAGAAGCUCUUCGGGGACAUGCUGCGCUCCAUCGAGAGGAUGCAGCAGGAGAUGUCCAAACUCAUCUCCACCAAUAAGAGGGCAGCGCUGAACAACGCCGAGGGCCACAUGGAGCGACUGAGCCACGAGAUCGCUGACCUGAAGAGGAGAGACAACGAGAUCACCCAGCUGUCUCGCACCGAGGACCAUAUCCACUUCAUCCAGAGCUACCACAUGCUGAUAGCCCAGACGGAGGCCGAGGAGCUUCCCACGGUCAGCGUCAACCCCUACUUCUCCUUCGGCCCCGUCACCAAGGCCGUGUCCGAGAUUAAGCAGCAGCUCAGCGAAUUCGGCAACGACGAACUGGUCAAAGUGGCCAAGACAGUCAACAAAAUGCCUUUCUGUCAACUGGACGAGGCAAAGAGGAGGCGGACAAUGAAAGGUGAUGAAGUCGCCAUGUACAAAUCUGUGCCAGCCAAAGAACCUCAGCACAGGGAGGAAUUCCUCAAAUACGCUUGCCCGCUCACAUUGGACCCAAACACGGCGUACAGGCAGCUCUACUUGUCCCGCGGCAACAGGAAAGCCACCCUGAAGCGAGACCCCCAGUCCUACGGUGAUAGCGCCUCCAGGUUUGACUGCCUGCCCCAGGUGCUGUGUAAAGAGCCCCUCUCCGGAGGCACCUACUACUGGGAGGUGGAGUGGAGCGGAGAGGGCGCCGCCGUUGGAGUCACCUACAAGGGCAUCAAGAGGACGGGGUAUGGCGACAGCUGCCGCAUCGGUUACAACCGCAAGUCCUGGAGCCUCUUCUGCUCCGACUCCAGCUAUUCGGCCCGCCACAGCAAAGACCAGCUGGAGAUCAAUGCACCCUACUCCUCCCGCAUAGGGGUCUUCCUAGACCACUCUGGGGGUACCCUGUCUUUCUACAGUGUAGGGGACAGCAUGUCUCUCAUCCACCGCUUCAAGGCUUCUUUCGGUGAGGCUGUCUACGCAGGCUUCUGGGUGUGGUACGAGUCGGCCAUCACCAUCAGCCAGCUUUGAGAGCAUCACAGCCACCCAUUGGUCAUUGUGCGUUGGUGAUUCAAUUUUCAUAUAGGUUUACAAAUCAGAUUUUUUUUUACAGAUUUAUGUGUCAGCAAAGUGUUUCCAUGAAACUGUAUCGGGAAGGUAUAUUUUGGAUUUUAGAUUUUCUGCAAGAGGUCAAAUAAUGUUGGCCGUAAUGAUUGUUUUGAUUCUUUAAUAUGACCACCGGCAGGGCAUAGCAGUGGAUGUUAUUCGCACCGCUGCGUUUUAUAUCGGUGAUUCGCACUUGUACAUUUACCAAUUAAAGAUUUUGCAACU